UGUGCACCUACCAAGAAGACGAAGAAGAAGAAGAAGGGUCUUAAUGGGGAUCUGGAAAAUGUGGGAGAGAAGAGUGUUUGUGGUGAUGAUAGUAUUAGUUUCUCAGCUUUCAUCAAAUGACCAUUUUGCAAUAUUGGCUCUUCCCACUCUUCCUUCUUCUUCUUUGCCCACCAACUUUCUCUUUGGCACUGCUUCUUCUUCUUACCAGUAUGAGGGAGCAUACUUGAGUGAUGGCAAGGGACUGAGCAACUGGGAUGUCUUCUCUCACACACCAGGCAAAAUAAUUGAUGCCAGCAAUGGGGAUGUUGCGGUUGACCACUAUCAUCGCUGCCUGGAAGAUAUUGAGCUGAUGGAUGCAAUCAAAGUCAACAGCUAUCGAUUCUCUAUCUCUUGGGCAAGAAUUUUACCAAAAGGGAGAUUCGGAGAGAUCAACUUGGCUGGCAUCGAAUUCUACAACAGACUAAUAGAUGCUCUUCUGCUCAAAGGAAUCCAACCCUUUGUGACUCUCACUCACUUUGACAUACCUCAAGAACUGGAGGACAAGUAUGGAGGUUGGCUUAGUCCCCAAUCACAGGAAGAUUUUGCAUUUUAUGCAGAAGUUUGUUUCAAAUGGUUCGGAGACAGAGUAAAGUAUUGGACUACCUUCAAUGAGCCAAAUGUGCAAGUGACAUAUGGUUAUCGAAAAGGAGAGUUUCCCCCAAGUCGAUGUUCUAAACCAUUUGGGGAUUGCAUUGAAGGAGACUCAGAAUCUGAGCCCUUCAUGGCAGCCCAUAACAUUAUCCUCUCCCAUGCUGCUGCUGUUGAAAUCUAUAGAACCAAGUACCAGAGAGAACAAAAGGGGAGAAUUGGCAUAGUCUUACAAGCUAUAUGGUAUGAACCUAUCAGCAAUUCUACAGCAGACAAAAUGGCUAGUGAAAGAGCACUAUCAUUCUCUUUAAAUUGGUUCUUGGACCCCAUCAUCUUUGGAAAGUACCCCACUGAGAUGCAGAAGAUUCUAGGGACCAUAUUGCCCAAAUUUUCCACCAUUGAAAUGGUGAAACUCCAAAAAGGAUUGGACUUUAUUGGCAUCAAUUACUAUUCCAGUUACUAUGUCCAAGACUGCAUUUACUCAAAAUGUGAAUCAGGAGAAGGGAUCACCAGAACAGAGGGGUUAUACCUGAGAAGUAAAGAGAAAAAUGGUGUGCCCAUUGGAGAACCUACCCCAAUUGGUUGGUGUGUUUACCCACAAGGCAUGGAAAAAGUGAUCACUCAUGUAAAAGACAGAUACAACAAUAUUCCAAUGUUCAUUACAGAAAAUGGGUAUGGUGAGACGGAUAAUCCAAAUGCCACCUUGGAAGAACAUAUUAGUGACGUUCAAAGAAUGAAGUACAUGGAAAGUCACUUGAAUACCCUGCUAUCAGCAAUAAGGAAAGGAGCUGAUGUGAGAGGGUAUUUUGCCUGGUCGUUGCUUGAUAACUUUGAGUGGGCAUAUGGAUAUACAAGAAGAUUUGGUCUAUACUAUGUUGAUUAUUCUACUCUGAAUAGAACUCAGAAACUAUCAGCAAGUUGGUAUAAGCAAUUCAUCACAAGGCAUAAAACAGAGGCUUUGAGGCCAAAACAUGAGAAGAAGCAGGAAAACCAGCACAGACAAUUCAACACAAAUGCCAAAGUUAAAUCGUUUAUACCAAACACCAAUCAGAUUCUCUUCAAUAAUUUGUGACUUUUGCUCAGUACUUCCAUCUCAAAGCAGAAUCCAUGAACUUCAGUUUCUCUCCAUAAACUUGUAUUUAAAUUCUGGAAUCGCCUCUGCUCCGUCUAUUUAAUUCUGAAGUAAUUUAUACUACAAGGUACAGAAGCGUAUGAUACUACA